UCAGUACCUUAUGAAGAUGUCUUCCUUCUUUAUUUCAACAUCAUCCACGGCGUCCAAUGAAAAUUCGUUGUAUUCGAUUUCAAUCUUGAACUUAUCAUCAGUGUUAUUGGUUUUGAAAUGGUCUUCUUCUGAUGCGAAAGAAUCACCACCAUAUUCACCAACCUCACAUGUGGAUGGUCUUCCACUAUUGGAGUGUCGAAUUAGAUGGCCUUUUAUCAAGACAUUUUCAUCAUCACAAGUAUGACUUUCAACUGGUACUUUACCAGGUUCUACCUCAAGGCAUUUAUUCGUUUCACACUCAGAGGGUGUCACACUAUUGUGGGCCAUAAGGUGUUUAUUAAUAAUUUCUUUUUGCCUCAACUUCUCAUGGAUGAUGUCGCACCCGAAGGGAUUCUCACCAGUGUGAACCAUGAGGUGCUUUUUUGCACACUCAAAGGGUUCCUCCACAUUAUGCACAUCGAGGUGUUCAUUCAAAGUCCGUUUCAGUCUGAACUUCUUGGGACAAAUGUCGCACUCAGAGGGAUUUUCGCCAGUGUGCACUCUGAGAUGUACCUUCAAACCUUCUUUUCCUUUAUACUCCUUUUGGCAUAUUUCGCACUUGAAGGGUUUUUCAUCAGUGUGCUUCAUAAUAUGUCUUUUCAUAUGAUCUUUUCGACCAAAUUUUCUUUGGCAAAUAUCGCACUCGAAGGAUUUUUCGCCAGUGUGCACAAUGAGGUGUACAUUCAAAUUUCCUCUAUGCCUAAACUUCUUAGGGCAAAUGUCGCACUUGAAGGGUUUCUCAUCAGUGUGAAUCAUGAGGUGUCUCGUCAAAACAUCUUUUUUAUAAAAAAAUUUAUGGCAAAUACCACACUCGAAAGGUUCUUCCCCACUAUGCAUCUUGAGGUGUUCAUUCAAAUUUCCUUUAUUCCCUAAAUUCUUGUGGGAAAUAUCGCACUCAAAUGGUAUCUCACCGGUGUGCAGAGACUCAUUAUGACAAAUUUCGCACUCGAGGGGUUUUUCAUAAGUGUGCAUCAUAAGGUGUCUUUUCAAAUUACCUUUUCGAGCCAAUUCUGUGUGACAAAUACCGCACUCGAAGGGUUUUUUCCCAUUAUGCGCGUUGAGGUGUUGAUUCAAUCUACUCUUCAGUAUAAACUCCUUAGGGCAAAUGUCGCACUUGAAGGGUUUGUCGCCAGUGUGCAUCUUGAGGUGGUAAUUCAAACUUUUUCUCAGCCAAUACUUCUUAUGGCAAAUGUCGCACUGGAAGGGUUUCUCAGCAGAGUGCGUCACCAGGUGUCUUUUCAAAUCCCCUUUUCGACCAAAUUUCGUGUGGCAAAUACCACACUCAAAGGGUUUUUCCCCAUUAUGAGCGAUGAGGUGUUCAGUCAAUCUUUUCUUCAGUAUGAACUUCUUAGGGCAAAAGUCGCACUUGAAGGGUUUUUCGCCAGUGUGCAUCUUGAGGUGGAAAUUCAAACUUUUUCUCAGCCAAAACUUCUUAUGGCAAAUGUCACACUUGAAGCGUUUCUCAUCAGUAUGCACCACAAUGUGAUUUGUCAAAUUAUCUUUUCGACCAAAUUUUUUGUGGCAAAUACCACACUCGAAGGGUUUUUCCCCAUUAUGAGUGUUGAGGUGUUCAGUCAAUCUUUUCUUCAGUAUGAACUUCUUAGGGCAAAUGUCGCACUUGAAGGGUUUUUCGCUAGUGUGCACCAUGAGGUGGUAAUUCAAACCUCUUCCCUUCCCAAACUUCUUAUGGCAGAUGUAGCACUCGAAGGGUUUUUCGCCAGUGUGCAUCUUAAGGUUUACUUCCAAACUUUUUUCGCAAAUGUGACACGCGAAACUCUUUUCGCAAGAUGGUCUUUCAAAUCCUUCUUUGACCAAUAUUUCUGGUGGCAAAUAUGACAU